UGUCGUAUUUAUAAUCGAAAAUGAGAGAUACACCAAACCAUUUAUUGUGCAAUCUGCCUGCUUCAGUUUCUUCUUGAUAGUGUUUAGAGCAACAAAACGCGAAACCACCAUCACAAGGAGCAAUGACAGCAAAUAUUGAUUCAGCUUGUGUUCAACGAACGAUGGACAUAGCCCUGGCUUCUGUAAAAGCAGGUGGAAGACCAUUCGCAACAGUAAUUGCGGACGAGAAAGGUAACAUCAUUGCUGAAGCAACCAAUCAAGUUGCUCAAACUCAUGAUCCAACUGCGCACGCUGAGAUUGAAGCAAUUCGAAUAGCAUGCAGGAAAUUGGAAACGGAACACUUGACAAAUUGCACGUUCUACGUAUUGGCUCAUCCUUGUCCAAUGUGCUUGGCUGCAAUGUAUUACUGUUCACCGAACAAGGUCGUUUUUCUCACAACUCGUGAAGACUAUGGCAAGUACUAUAAGGAUUCUAGGCGAUGGUUCACAUUCGAGACAUUUUACGAUGAAUUUGGCAAGGAUUACACAGAGAGAAAUAUGCCAACUAUCUAUCAUCCGCAGGAGGAGACUUUGAAGAUUUAUCAGUUGUGGGAGGAACAAAAUCGAAAGUAGAUGGAACAUGCAUGUUUUAGGUACACAUUUUGCUCCUUUGAUUGUAUAUUUGAUUAUCAUUAUAAAGAUGUUUC